AUGGACGUGGUGGCUAAAGAGGGCUCGAUGUUUUUACAGGGAGUCAAAUUUGGAAAGAGGAUCUGGAGGAGGACCUGGGUGAUGCUCUUCGAGCCCAGCCCCGCAGGGAUCGGGCGCAUCGAGAUGUACGACAUGCGGGACGGAACGGCGCCGUCUGCGAGACCCGCCGGUCUGAAAAAGGCGGAUAAGCAGGUUCUCCGUCUGACUGACUGUCUCAGCGUGACGCCAGCGCCGGGUGAGAGCUGCCCAACAGACUGCACCGCCUUCUACCUCAACACCACCAAGCGCAUCUACACGCUGGCAGCACCGGCACGGGAUGAGUGGGUACCUGCCCUCUGCCGGCUGGCAUUUCAGAGGAACGAGGGAGGUGGUGAGACGAGGAGGGAACAGAGAGCGGAGACUGUGACCAUGGCGGAGAACGACCUCUACUCCACCUGGUGUCCAACUCAGUUCCAGGUCAGGGUGGCGAGCUCGAUGGCGUCGGUACGCUGCUCCAUGUCCGGGUCGUACCUGCUGUCCCCGGAGAAGGAGUCCCUGUGCCUGCUGGACAUGAAGACGGGACAGGUCAUGUUUCACUGGCCGUAUCGAUUUCUCCGCAAGUUCGGACCGGUUAAGGACGGCGUGAGCAUCGAGGCGGGCCGGCGCUGCCACACAGGCGAGGGCCAGUUUAUCUUCCUCACCACGCAGGGUCAGCAGAUCUACCGGGCCAUCGAGGAGGCCGUCAUGCAUCAGAGCGUACAAGACCUGCUGUCCAAAGCCACCUCAUUCGCAGAAGUUCACACGACCAAGCAGCCGCCCCCAGUGCCACCGCCAGCCAGCAGGUCCUUUCCAAAAAAGGACGUUAAAAUGAGAAAUCUACCUCUCCCUCGGCUUCCCGGCCCCAAACCCCGUCCCAGCGGCUCCAAACCCAAAGCUGAAGAAGUCGUCUACUCCAGUGUCAAGCCUCUGCCCAAGCCGAGAACCAAACCUCCAGUUCCGGUUCCUCCCGUGCCCAAGCCGGAGACCGCGCCCCAGACGUCGUCCGCCGACCCCGAUAACGAGGAGCAUGAUUACGAGGUCUGCGACUGGACGCAGAAACCCGAAUCGAGACAGGACCAGUCCAACACCCAGCUGUACAGCGUAGUUACUCAUCAUAACAGAAAACAAAUCAGGACCGGCGUCCAGCAGCAGGACAGUCAACGACCCCUUCGUGUGCCCCCCUCUGAAACCUUAAAAAACUUCAGACAGACUCUAUCCGAUACUCUCUUUAAAGGAAGAACCAGGGUCUGCCCGCCUGUGCCACCCAAACCACCCAGACAGACGUCUGAUCACGACUUUAAUGACUACGAGCUCCUAAAUGAACUUGAUAGGUUUUGA